AUGGUCUCUUCCAAAGUUCUCUUCAUCGCUCUCGCCAGCGUGCUUACCUCUGCUGCUGCUGCACCAGCUGAGAAGAGAGGCGGUUCCUCCAACGGAUACAAUGGUGAUCUGGCCGACAACUUCAAGUCCUUCUUCCAGAACUUUGGUGGCUGGUCAUCUGAUGGUAACUACAAGGGCGAUCUCGCCAAGGACCUCUCCAACUUUGCAAGUGGCUUCGGAGGCAAGCUCUCCGACAAGGAUGCUCAAUAUUGGGCCGACACCCUGAACAGCAAGAAGAACAGUGGUGAGUUCAAUGGCUGGGGAGGCAAUGGCAAUGGCAACGGCAAUGGCGGACAAGGUGGCUGGGGCUCUGGUUCCGGCGGCCACGGAAACGGUAACUGGGGAUCUGGCAGCGGCAAUUCCGGUCACGGCAAUGGCUGGAAGAGAAGUCUCAUUGCAAGAGGAUCCCAGGGCGGCUCUGGCGACAAGUCGAAGAACGGAGGUGAUUCGAAGGGUCAAGGUUGGGACAAUGACCAAGGCUCCAAGAACAACGGAGGCUCCAAGGGAUCUGGACAGGGAAGUGACUCUGGUAAGAACAGUGGCUCUUGGGGCAGCGGCAGCUCUGGUAAAAGUGGCGAUUCUGGAAAGGGCGGAGACUCUGGAAAAGGUGGCUCAGGCUCCUCUGACAGUGGUUGGAGCUCUGGAGAGAACUCCAACAAGGGUACUGACAACUGGGGCUCUUCAGACAAGCGUGACAAGGGAUCUUCUGGCGGUAGUUGGAGCUCUGGAGGCGACAAGGGCUCCUCCGGUAGUAGCUGGGGAUCCGACAAGGGAUCCUCUGGAUCCUCUGGCAAUGGCUGGAGCUCUGGAGACAAGGGCAGCAAGGGAUCUGGAGGAUCUGACAAGGGAGGCUCGAACCAUGGCGGUGACAGUGGAAAGAGUGGAUCUGGCGACGACAAGGGCAGUGGAUGGUGA